UGUAAACAAGGCAUUAUAUUAACUGUCACAUACACCAUUAAAAAAAAUUAAUUCUUUUUUUUUUUCUACAUAUCAAAUUAUCAAACUGUAUCAGGUGGGUUACACGAGGUCUGCAAUCUGCAUUAAACAAUAUUUCUCUCAGAGAAAAAAUAAAAGCCGGCUAAAUGUUGUUGUAAUAAAAAGUUAAAAUAAAAAGUUAAAUAAUGGCUGAAAUAACAAACAGAGGAUGCAAAGACAUAUUAUUUCCACGAAUGAUAUGGGCAAUUGCAUCAAGUAUUGUUGUACAAUUUAUAUUCAUGAGUUGUGUAAUAUUAAUAACAAAUUUAAGUUUAACAAGUCCAUUGUCAUGGUUAAAAGACACCUGGUACAUGAUAACAUGUUUUCAAAUGUGGUCAUACUUCAUGGUGCUUGCUGGAGUUAUAAUAUUUCAAGGAAUAGUAUGCAGUAAAAAUUAUUUAAAAUCACCACCAUUUACUGAUACAAGAUUUUCAAUAUUUUGUUCAUUAUUUACACCACAUAAUUUUAUGAUUGGUUGUAUUUAUAUUUUAAUUGGUGGUGUUCUUGUUUGGUUACAUUUAUCACUUGAAGAUGGUAAUUACAGUUAUUUAAAAAAACCAUGUAAAAAUAUUGAUGGUAGCUGUCUUGUUGAAGAAUAUUUAUAUCUUCAAAUUGGUGGUAUAUGGACUGGUUUUUAUUAUUUUACAAAAACAAAUAUAUUUGGUUUUAAAAAUUUACAAUUUUCAAUAAUACCAGAAUUAAAAUAUUGUCAAGUUAAAAGAGGAAUAAAUAAUAUAUUACCAACAGCAAUGACAAGUGCAUUAUUACCAUCAAUAUAUUAUAUAAUAUUUUAUUAUUUUUGUGGACAAUAUAUACGUAAAGUAACAACAACAAUAUUGUUCAUUAACUUUGAAGAUGAAUCAUUGGAUCAAUUAUCAAAAUUGAUAAAUAUAUCACUUAUAUUUCAUACCUGGUUGUAUGCAACAUUAUUUGCAUUAACAAUGAACAGUAUGCAUUUAUUAUUUCAAGCACAUUUAACUGAAUGGAUGCCAUUUGAAAUUGGACAAAAUAUAUAUAAUAAUAAUUGUCCAAGUGUAACACUACCAGAAGCAUUGUCAAUGAAUAAUAUACCAAUUAUUCAACAUCUUGGAUAUCUUGAUUUAUUUAAUAUUGCACAAAAGGAUAAACAAAGAAGAGCUCAUUUAUUUACACUAAGUCAACCUGGAGGACAUCCUUAUAAUUGGAAUGGAAUUAUUGAAAAAUGUAUUGAAUUAUUAAAAAAAUAUUCUGAUGAUAUUAAUGAUAUUUGUUCUGGUAAACAAGAUGUUAAUAAUGCAAUUGUAACAAAUAUUGUGGCUCCAGUGAGUAUUGUUGAUAAACAAUUUUCAUAUAAUAUGAGAAGUUUAACAACACAAGCAUCAUCAAUUGCAUCAACAAUUAGUGAAUCAGAUAUUGUUAAUUCAACACCAACAAUUGGUAAAUUUAUUGUUGAUCUUUUAACAACAACAAAACAAAAUAUCAUAAAUUAUUUAUUAUCAAAACCAAUUAUAUUUUACUUUUUUGGUACACAAAAUAAUAGUAAAAUACAAAAUUUAUUGGCAAAUGGACAACCAAUAAUAUGGGCAACUGAAGCAAUAUCAUCACUUGUUGUUUGUUCAAUUGAAGAAGAUCCAUAUGGUAUUGCACAAAAAGAUUUACCACGUAUUGUUGAAUUAUUAUUAUCAUUGAAACAAUCAUUAGAUAAUUUACAUAAAAUGAAUUUAUUAAUGAGAAAAACAAGUUAUGAUGAUAAGAAAAAAAGACAAAUGUUAUUGUCAUUAAGAAGUGCUAAUAAAAGAAGCAUUUAUAAAAUUACAAUGGCAUUUAAAAGCUACAUCAAUGAUUUAGCAUUUGAACAAAAUAUCAAAGAUCAACUACAAAAUUUCAUCAAUUGUCGAGAAUAAUUUCAA